UGAGUGACUUAUUAAAAAUUCUCUAUUCACAUUUACAUCUAUUCAUUGCUCUCUGAAAAGUGGGGUCUUCAAUUACUUUUUGAAAAUCACCUCUUUUCAAAUAGCUAAACAAUCCAUUUGUUGUUCUCAUGGAUUAGUGGCAUAUGUUUGUUAUUGGUUUCCAAGUGAGACAUUCAGUUAGCCACUUGAGUUAACAAACCCAAAAAUAAAUAGGGGGUGUUUUAUUGUUCAAUUAUUUGUUUAAGUCACCGUACAAUAGCUGUGCUCUUAACACUGGCUAAUCUGGGUUUAAAAUGUAAAAGAUUGUAAUGUGAGCCAUGGCAGUUGAAACUCACAGGAUAAGCUCAGUUCACCCUGGUGACAGAGAUGCAACGUUUAAGGACAAAUGUAAAAGAUAAAUGCCACUUUUGUACGGCCUUCUAUAUAUGCUUUUAAUCGUUAACGUUUAAAGAAUAUUGUACAAUUAUAUUAUAUGCGCUUAUGACAUGGUUGUCAUAAGUGCUAUAAUGCCACCAUAAUAAAUGCAAUUUAGAGUUUUAAUAUUAUUAUAGAAUAUCUGUGUUUUGCUAAUGUCAAAACAUUUCCCGUAAAUAUGAACGCAUCAUUAUUGGCCCCUCCCCCCGGUGUGCUGGGACGCGCAUGCGCGGAGCAUGCCUGUGUGCUGCCUCUGGAAACUUUCUAUCAGUCGCUUCUUUGGGCCAGGUUCAUAUUCAUCGAUGUAAUGCGAUGUCCGCCGAACCCUGACCCAGAGGAGGAUUAAACCAGUGUAAAUACCGGGACGAAGGAGCAAGGUGGACAUGGCCGUUACACUCAUCCGGUACCGUAGAACUGCGGUGCCGUGUGGCCAGUUCUUGGGUCAGUUCGAACCGACAAAGCUGGACAGAGUUAGUGGUGUCGGACACCGUGUACUGGCCUAGCUAACAUCUGCAGCCCCAGCAAACCCAGCACCGGAAAGACAGUAAAUCUGUCUGAAACACGAUGCUUUAAAUUCAGCACAUUUCUCCGUAUCUGGUUUGUUGUUUUUUUUUUCUGCCAGCAACAGCACCACCAUGUCUGACCACAACUACUACUGGACCGUGUUACCCAGUUACAAGUCUAGUUUUGUGACUGGGGGGGCGAUGAAGAGAACCAAAGGUGCCCGUAACAACAAGAGAAGGAGUUUGGCGGUCGGAACCCCGUCGCCCACACUCUCACGACCGCUCUCUCCUCUCCCACUCUCCACAGCUGGCAGCAGCCCUUCAGAAAGCCCCAGAAAUGUUUCGGCCAGCACCUCUGCCAACUUUCAGUUUGCUCGCAGCCAACUGGCCCGUAGUGAGAGACCUGACGGCCGUAGAUGGUCUGUGGCCUCAGUUCCCUCCUCUGGAUACUGCACCAAUGCACCAAGUUCAUCAGUAUCUUCUUCUUCUUCCCAGGAAUUAUUGCACCAGUUGCCCUUUCAGCCCACACAAGAUGAUCUCCACUUCCUGUUCAAACAUUUCCGGAGUACGGAGAGUGUGGCAGAUGAAGAAGGAGCUCACGCCUCGCCCCCUGUCAGAGUCCGCUCACGCAGUCUCAGCCCUGGGCGGACCUGUGGAACAUUUGACAAUGAGAUUGUCAUGAUGAAUCACGUGUACAAAGAACGCUUUCCCAAGGCGACAGCACAGAUGGAGGGUCGGCUUCUUGACAUCAUUGCAGAGUGUUCCCCAGGCAGUGCUCUGCCCCUAGCUGAUGGAGUGCUGGGCUUCAUCCAGCACCAGCUGCUGGAGCUUGCCAGAGACUGUCUGGACAAGUCUCAGAAAGGCCUGGUCACCUCCAGGUACUUUGUGGAGCUGCAGGAGAAGCUGGAGAAACUGCUGCAUGAGGCAUAUGAGCGAUCAGAGAGCGAGGAGGUGACCAUUAUCACCAAACUAGUCAAGAAGAUACUCAUCAUCAUCUCCAGGCCUGCCAGGCUCCUGGAGUGUCUGGAAUUUGAUCCAGAGGAGUUUUACCAACGUCUAGAAGUCGCAGAAGGUCAGGCCAAAGUAGGCCAGGGCAUCAAGACUGAUAUUCCCAGAUAUAUCAUCAGUCAGCUGGGCCUCACCCGGGAUCCUUUGGAAGAUAUGGUCCAUCUGGAGCAGACAAGCCCGAGUCAUAGAUCGACCAAAGAGUCUGAUGACACCAGUGAGACGACACCGACACAGAAUCGAGUGGCCUGCACACCUCCUCGCAGAAAACCACUGGAGAGUGACUUCGAGACCAUCAAGCUAAUUAGCAACGGGGCCUACGGCGCUGUGUUCCUCGUUCGCCACAAGGAAACCCGUCAACGUUUUGCCAUGAAGAAGAUAAACCGUCAGAACCUGAUGCUCAGAAACCAGAUCCAGCAGGUGUUUGUGGAGCGAGACAUCCUGACCUUUGCUGAAAACCCGUUUGUGGUUUCAAUGUUCUGCUCUUUUGAGACACGGAGGCAUCUGUGCAUGGUCAUGGAGUACGUGGAAGGUGGGGAUUGUGCCAACCUGUUGAAAAACAUCGGUCCUCUUCCCGUGGACAUGGCUCGCAUGUAUUUUGCGGAGACUGUCCUGGCGUUAGAGUACCUUCACAACUAUGGCAUCGUACACAGAGACCUCAAACCUGACAAUUUGUUAAUCACCUCUAUGGGCCACAUCAAGCUGACAGAUUUUGGACUGUCAAAGAUUGGUCUGAUGAACAUGACCACUAACUUGUAUGAAGGACACAUUGAGAAAGACACCAGGGAGUUUAUUGACAAACAGGUCUGUGGAACCCCUGAGUACAUCGCUCCAGAAGUGAUCCUGAGACAGGGCUACGGAAAACCUGUGGACUGGUGGGCCAUGGGAAUUAUUCUCUACGAGUUCUUAGUGGGCUGUGUGCCGUUCUUUGGAGACACACCUGAGCAGCUUUUUGGGCAGGUGGUCAACGAUGAUAUCAUCUGGCCAGAUGGUGAAGAUGCUCUGCCAGCUGAUGCCCAGGACUUCAUCACCAGACUGUUGAGACAAAAUCCAGUAGAGCGACUGGGAACAGGUGGAACCACUGAGGUAAAGAUGCACAUGUUCUUUUUGGGUUUGGACUGGAAUGGACUCCUGAGGCAGAAAGCUGAAUUCAUCCCUCAGCUGGAGACUGACGAUGACACCAGCUACUUUGACACUCGAUCAGAACGCUACUGUCAUACGGGCUCAGAUGAUGACGAUGAAACCAACGAUGACGAGUCGUCUCUGGAGCUCCGACAGUUCUCUUCUGUUGCUCAUCGCUUCAGCAAGGUGUACAGCAGCACAGAGCACCUGUCCACCUCCACGCCAUCCAAUCAGAGCCUGUCAUCAUCAGAGCGCAGCCACAGCGAAGAGAAGGAGGAGCGCUGGGAAGGCAGGGGAAUCCUUUCUCCUGGCGAUGGACACAAACACUCAGCUGGAGACAGGAGGGCAGAUGGACACAGGGGGAGCCUUCGUCCUCGUGCUUCUUCUGGUUCCUCGCAGUCCGAUCGCAGUGCCAGCCCACUGGUCAUGAACAGCACCCAGAGCCUCGACAUCAUGCCUCGUUUUACCAUUGCUCCAGAAGAAGAGGAUGGCAUGGUUUCCAACCUGCGACGCAUUCGUCUCCGGAGCAACAGCACAGGAACCAGACCAUCGUUCAGGAGGGGCGCAUCUCGACGAAUUGCACACCAGCUGGAGACUCCAGAGAAACCCAAAUCCCCCGCUGGCAAAGUGCCCAAGUCAGCCUCUGUCUCUGGGCUCUCUCUUAUCAUCACUCCAGAUGACUCAGCAGCUCCUCCCACGAGCCCCAAGUCUUCUCUGUCGCUGUCAUCCAACCCCUCGUCCAGGGACUCUUCGCCCAGCAGGGACCUGAGUGUCAGUGUCACCUGCCUCAGGCCUCCUGUUGUCAUCCACAGCUCUGGGAAAAGGUUUGGCUUCGCCCUGCGAGCUAUUAGGGUUUACAUGGGAGACACUGAUGUCUACACCGUUCACCACAUGGUCUGGUGUGUUGAAGAAGGCAGUCCAGCACAUGAGGCAGGAUUAAGAGCUGGUGACCUCAUCACUCAUGUGAAUGGGGAGUCAGUCCAGGGUCUUGUCCACACUGAGGUCGUGGAGCUCCUGCUCAAGAGUGGCAACAGGGUCACUUUACAGACAACUGCACUGGAAAACACUUCAAUCAAAGUGGGCCCUGCCAGAAGGUCCAGCUACAAGGCCAAGAUGGCCCGGCGCAGCAAGAAGAGUAGGAAGAAAGACGGACAGGACAGCCGUCGACGUAGUAUCUUGAAGAAGCUAUCAAAGCACACUCCGCCACCACCCAUGCAGAGCAGUCGGAGCUUCUCUUCGGGAUUCCACCAGUCUUCUAGUGACAGCCUCUCUGGUUCCCCAACACAGUCUCUUUCUCCUGGUCCAUCAACACCAUGUCGCUCUCCCGCCCCUGACCUAUCUGGAGAUUCUAGCUCUUCUCCCUGCUCCAGUUCCCCAAACUCACCUGUCCCACAGGCCCGACCCAGUUCCCUACAUGUUUUGGGACGAUACUCCAAAGCUGGCCGCUGCAAGUCCACCAGCAGCAUCCCUCCUUCACCACUGGCCUGCAUCCCUCCUCCUCAGCCUCUCUCUCCCCAGUGCCCUCAAUCCAGCCUCCCCAGUCACCACAAGUCACUGCAGGGGUUCCACGGUAAAACAUUGUCCCCUCCAACGAUUGCCCGCCAUUCUGUGCGUCCACGUAGUGCAGAGCCUCCACGUUCGCCACUCCUAAAAAGGGUACAGUCAGCAGAGAAGCUGACGGGAGACAAGACGACUGGAGGGUACCAUGCAGAGAGGAAAGCCUACAGCACCCGCCGCCACACCAUGGAGGUGCCUCUGUCUGAGAGUGAGGGGCUAGAGGACGUGGAGGGGGACAUGGCCACCACCACAGGGUUUGUUUGUGUGGGUGAGCACGGUCGUCAGGGUCUUUGCAUUGGAGGACAUAGAAGUCACCAAGACACAGCCAGUGGAGGCAGUGACCACCACAGAUCUUCUGCAUCACCUCAGCAUCGUGGUGGCAACCAUCACUCCAGUGAGGUGGUGGUGAUGAGGAAGCUAGCUCUUUCAGAGCGCAGGGACUCUUUCAAGAAACAGGAGGCGGUGCAGGAGGUGAAUUUCGAUGACCUGGAGGAGACGGAUGCAACACCAAGCCCAGUUACACAGCCCAAGACUUUUAAGGCUUCCUGGAUCCAGCCAGUCCGGGUAGACUCCAGUGCCAAGGUGGAGGGAAGAGGAUCACAGGGUACAACACAGCAAAAAGCCAAUCCAAAAGACAAAGUGGGCGAGAAAUCAACGAAGUGAGGAAGAGAAUUCGACCAGCUACUGUUUCCACAACUCAGUGUCCAGAAAACUGUGAUUUAACCCUGAAACAUCAACGUCAAACAUCAGUUUCCGCACAUGAAUGCAUCCUGCAACACUGUUAAAAGAGUAAAGACUGCCAAACUGGUUACUUCCUCAUCCUUUGUUUUUUCUUUCCGUUCUCAAAUCACUGUGGCACCAGUAACCGAUGAACUCUGUAAAUACUUUUUAAUUUGAAAACUUAUUUAUAACUUUUUACAUGCAUACGUCGUUUUAAGUCUGCUCUAGGAUGCUUCAGCUGAUCUAAAUUAAGGAAUUGCACAAAAGAAAACGACAGACACACUUUGUGAUUUUUUUUUUUUAUCACAUAUUUACCUUCCUGAAAACACCCGUAUUCUGUUCAUAUAGAGUCUUGCGGCUUCUACUGUAGUGUAUUAUUAGUUUGUGGCCAUAAGCAGUUACACAAAAACACAACACUAUACAAUACAAGCAUAAUAUCUAGCAGUGGAUACCAAAGCAGAUAAUAAAACACAUUAAAAAUAGGUACUGCAGUUGUACAUAUAGAGCCUUCAUUAUUGUGACUGAACUGCUUCAGGCUGUCAAACCUAGAUAAAGAUGCAAUACUACGUAGUGUCUUAAAACAUGAACUGACCAACACGCGGCUGUGUGGAAAAUGAAUAGCUUUGUGUCAGUCGUCGGAAACCCAUACUGUUACUUCUAGGGCUGGAUAACACACUUAAUAACAUUUGAAGACAGGUUUUGCUUAUCCCUUUCUCUGUGGGAUUCAAAUACUGUACAGUGGAUGUAACAAACAAAAAAGUGUCUCCCUCGGCUGUUAUUGAUUUGUGUAAUAUAUAUGAAUGUUUACAAUUUAUUGACAAUACAUGUGUGGUUAUGAAUGUUUCUUCAUGUUAAAUUAUUGUGUAAAAAAAAACAAGCCAAUGUCAUCAAAUGGCAGAAUUAAUCCAGAAACCUUGGGAUAGUUAGAUGUCUUACUUAGUCCAAGUGAUUUCCUUUUUUUUAAAAUGUUUUUUUAUAUUGAAACAGUCUUGUUGCAGUACUAUUAGCCUUUACUGUUGAUGUAUAUUGUAUAAACAACAGGGGACCUUAUAGCAGGUGGAGUUGGUGGUUUAUGAAAGUGACCUUUUGAGGGUAGAUGGAAGUGUGCAAUGUCAUACAAGUGGUUUGGUGUUAAUCCCUGAGUGUGAUCAAGCCAAUUGUUCACGAUACACUUCUUUUUUUCCCUGAGAAAGAACUAUAUAUUAAAUAUACCUUAAAUAGGAAUUAAAAUCUUCAAGUUGGUGCCUAAAACUUGAAAACCAUUACAACACUCUGAUGUUAUACGAAAUGGCUUGACAUUGCACCCCAAGGACAAACUUGGAAAAUCUAGCUGUUGCUUUUAGCAAGUGACAAAACAAAAUUUACUGUUUUUGACCAAGAAGAGAGAGAAAAUGUACUGGUCCUAAAUGUUGGUUAUGGAUCACGGUAGUAGACUGUGGCAUUGAUCACUGGAUUUGUGACGCUGCAUACCAUUGAUUUUUAUGUACCGGAAUCAUUCACCUUGUUUUUCAUUACCACACUAAUAUCAGCUGCCUUUCAUAGCAGUUUGUCACACAUCAAACUGGAGCAUCACAGGGACUCUUUUUUUUUCCUCGCCUGUGCCUGUGAUGAAAUCCACAUCUUCACUCUACACAUAUAUUUGCCACAUUUGUUUGAGCAGAGUUGUGUGUUAUGAAAUUGUGUCCCUUCUACUCCCCGACCCGUUCACUCCAACCAUGUGCGUAUCUGGUGCAGAUCAUUGUGACGUUGUCUGUUUUUCUAUUGUCUUAACAGUGCUUUGAAUUAAUGAAAUGCAUAGGACUGAAAAGUCCAGAACAA